AUCAGUGUGUAAACAGUUGACUGAAGGCGGCAGGACCGCGCACACGUCCCCUCACCGUGUGUCUCCACUGUGAAUGGGAUACAAAAAAAAAGAGGGGGCUCGCCCUGCGUGUUUUUCAGCCUCCUUCUGUAGCUCAGUGAGGACAGAGUCCGGAACAGAAGCCGUUCUCUGUGCUUUCACUUUGAGCCAGAGGAGGUGGAGGAGGACAGAGGCAGCAGCUGGUCGACGGUCAUGGCAGCUGCGACAGUGGUCGAGCCCGAUCCGGCGGCGAGCGAAGGCGGCGCCGAGUUCUCCGGCGUCCAGGACCGGGGCUGGGACGAGUCCCAGCUCCGUAAAUAUUCUUUCCCGACCAAACCCAUCCCCAGAAUGUCCCACACGGACCCACGGGCAGAGAUACUGAUCAAUAACGAGGAACCGGUGGUUUUGACGGACACAAACCUCGUGUAUCCAGCUCUUAAUUGGGACAUUGCAUACCUGCGGGAGAACAUUGGGAAUGGAGACUUCUCUGUUUACAUGGCAGAAAACCACAAGUUCCUCUAUUACGAUGAGAAGAAAAUGUCCAACUUUCAGGACUUUGUCCCCAAGUCAAGGCGUGUGGAAAUGAAAUUCUCAGAAUUUUUGGACAAAAUGCAUGAAACAGAGGAAAUCGGAGGAGAGGGGAGAGUAUAUCUGCAGCAGACGUUGAAUGACACUGUCGGGAAGAAGAUAGUUGUUGACUUCCUUGGUUUCAACUGGAACUGGAUCAACAAGCAGCAAGCCAAGAGAAACUGGGGGCAGCUGACAUCUAAUCUUCUGCUCAUAGGCAUGGAAGGCAACGUGACACCAGCACAUUAUGACGAGCAGCAGAACUUCUUUGCACAGAUCAAAGGGCACAAGAGAUGCAUCCUCUUCCAUCCAGAACAGUUUGAGUGUCUUUACCCGUACCCGGUGCAUCACCCCUGUGACAGACAGAGCCAAGUGGAUUUCGAUAACCCUGACUACACAAGGUUUCCUAAUUUUAGGAAUGUUGUCGGCUAUGAGGCAGUCGUGGGCCCAGGAGAUGUCCUUUACAUCCCUAUGUAUUGGUGGCAUCACAUUGAGUCACUGCUGAAUGGUGGUGUGACGAUCACAGUAAACUUCUGGUACAAAUUUGACUCCUGUGUUCAGGGCGCCCCCACACCCAGGAGGAUAGAAUACCCUCUGCGGGCUCAUCAGAAGGUGGCCAUCAUGAGAAACAUUGAGAAGAUGCUGGGAGAAGCACUUGGAGACCCUCGAGAAGUUGGACCUUUACUGAAAACGAUGAUCAAGGGCCGAUAUGACCACGGUCUCAGUUAGAGGCCCCACCUUUGAUCUGUUGACGAGACUGCUGCGGAAACUGCUGUGUGUGUGUGUGUGUUUGUUUGUGUGUGUGUGUGUGUGUGUGUGUGUGUGCGCGUGUGUGUGUGUGUGUGUGUGUAACACGCAUACUGACUGCAUGGCAAUAAGCGGCCAUCUUGAAACUGUUCUACUUCAGUUGUCUCAAGAGUGCCAUUGUCAUUACACAUACAACAAAUGUCGAAGAAAAGUCCGACUUAACUCAUGGGAAUUGCGCUACUUGAAGUUUUUCUUUAUAUAUAUAUAUAUAUAUAUAUAUAUAUAUAUAUAUAUAUGUAUGUAUAUGUAUGUGUAUCUAUAUAUAUAUAUAUAUAUAUAUGUAUAUGUGAUUCAGUGUUCUGUCAACAUGCUCAUAAUUCAAGCUCAAGGGUAUUUGGGUGCAUUUGCUCACCCAGACGCAAAAAAACCUUGCAUGAGAUCGGUACCUUUGGAGCAACCUCAAUACGUUGACCACUAAUUAAUAAAUCAGGGGGUUUGUACACAUACAUAUAUUGUAGACAGUCGAUAUCAGCCCAUGCAGGUCAUUUCCUUUAUACACGCAAACCCACAGCUGUGGCUUAAUUAGUAAUGCAGACUGAAUUUCCUCCGUCCUUAUCACACAGACUGCUUUCAUGACUGGUGACAGAUCUGAGUGUCUUUUUAUUAUAUUUAUCUGCGUAAUCUGCUUUAUCUUGACACUGACUAAUAGCAGGUUUUCUGGGAGCGAUCAGCGGUGAUUACCUCACAAAGGAGACAGACGAGGCACGGCAAUAAUUGAUUGAGAUUUGGAAAAAAGAAAAAAAUAGUAAUGAAAUUAGAUUUUUAGAGUGCAUAAAAGCAGGGCUUGGUAUUCAGCUGAAGGAAUAUGUAAUGGCUUGCUGAUUUAUUUGCGUUUGAGCUUGUUUUAUACCUUGAGGACUUAAUUGGACGUGCUGCCCUGUUAUUCAACAGGUUAGGGAGCACAGAAGAAGAAGAAAAGAAAGUGCAAUUUUAGUUGCAGCUAUUGUUUUAAUGCGUGAGAAGAAAAUACAUUUCACAUUGUUUUGGAAACCUCAGUAGAUGUGAACAUAAUUCUGGUGGUUCUUGGGGUUUGACUUAACUGUUUAACUGAUUUAUUAUUAUUAUUAUUAUUAUUAGUAGUAGUAGUCGUCGUAUCAGUGUAACAUUACACUGAGGGGGGCAUCUGCUGGAAAUAAGCUUGCGUGUUUGCCACUUGUAGUAGGACAUAUUGCACCAUCUAGUGUUCACAUAGGCUCUUGCAUGUUAAUCUCAACAUACCUGGUUCAUGCACUAUAUAAUAUUGUGCUUCUUCAGUACAGAUGUAUUGAGUGAAGCAGCUCUGGGAUUAAGGCACACUGCAGUAGAAAACCCCUGCACUCGCUCAAAACGAAGGAUUCUAGUUCCUCAAGGAUGAACUCCUCUUUAAUUUCCCGCAGUCACAAUGCUCCCUCAAACUAAAAAGGUAAACGAAAGGGAAGGAAUAAUUUCAUAAAUUGUGUUGUAUUUGGCAAACGAGCCGACGGUCGUAAUAUCCAGAAAGCUGUGAUUGCCUGUGACAUUGAUGCACUAAAACUAGGGACAUCCAAGCACUUAAUUUGUGAGGAAUACAUGCGUUUUCCGGUCGUUUAGUUUUGCCACAUGUUUGCUUGAGUUGUUUCUCACAAACUGCACAGUCAUCCAACAGUGCUACUUUCUCUGUAAAAACUAGUUGUAUAAAACAAAAUCACUUCUUAACCUUGUUUACCAUGUGCCUUGCUUGACAUGGGUGGGGCACUCCUUGUUGUGAGAACAUAAUGAAAAAUGUGUGUGUGUGUGUUUUUAAUUUUUCUGUCAAAUAUUUUUCACUUUGAACAGCUUUAAAAGUUCUGAGUGACUGAGGUGAAAGCUUGUUUUCAUUGAUAGAUGCUGGUUUUCUGUUUUGAACAUACGAGUAUGUGUUCACCCACUGAUUAAAGUUUGUUUGCAAAGUUA